AGCACCUGUAAUUUUCCUGUGUUGUUCCCUACUUCCUCACAACACUCAAAGCGCUCACCCUUUCUCUCUCUAAAUUUCAGGUGCCAUUUUCUAUCUCCUUCGUCUUCUUCUUCUCUUCUCGCACGCUCUAGGAGCUGAAACUCUGAAAGAAAAAUCUUGGGAAGCUUUUGGUUUUGGAGAUAUCAUCGAAAUAGAAGGGAAGGGUUCUUUAAUUUCUGCUUUGUUCAGAGUAAUUAGGUGGAAUUAAUUGUUGGAGUGGAAGCUGUUUCCCAGCUAUGGCUAUUUCAGCUUCAGCUUAUUUUAUGCCUCUUGAUUCUCGGGGGCCGAGAGGGGUAUUGACUGUUCUUGGAGGGAGAGCUAACCCCUUGAAAAUAUCCGACGAAAAGAUUGGAUUUUUAAAGGGGGGUUCGAAUUUUCCGAUGAUUAAGUGCGCCCAAAAUGCCCACAGUGUUAACCAGUAUAAUAGCAAAGACCAAUUUCUAAACCUGCAUCCCGAAAUUUCGAUGCUGAGAGGUGAAGGGAGCAACACAGUGAUGACUCCCAGGCAGGAGAGUUCCAGUGGGAUUGUUACUGAGAGCUUUAAGGAUUCGUCGCGUUUGAACAAUUACAAUGAGGCUAAGAUUAAGGUUGUUGGAGUUGGAGGGGGAGGGUCGAAUGCCGUUAAUAGGAUGAUCGAGAGCUCAAUGAAGGGCGUGGAAUUUUGGAUUGUUAAUACUGAUAUUCAAGCUAUGAGGAUGUCUCCUGUUGUCUCUGAGCAUCGGUUGCAAAUAGGCAACGAGCUCACGAGAGGGCUCGGUGCUGGUGGGAACCCGGAUAUUGGGAUGAAUUCUGCUAAAGAAAGCAGGGAAUCCAUUGUGGAGGCAGUUCAUGGUGCAGAUAUGGUGUUUGUGACUGCUGGAAUGGGUGGGGGAACUGGGACUGGUGGGGCACCUGUAAUAGCGGGAAUUGCAAAGUCAUUGGGUAUCUUGACUGUUGGUAUUGUCACAACCCCAUUUUCCUUCGAGGGAAGGAGGAGAGCUGUUCAAGCCCAGGAAGGGAUUGCAGCUUUAAGAGAAAAUGUCGAUACCCUAAUUGUCAUUCCAAAUGACAAACUGUUGACUGCCGUUUCACCAUCUACCCCAGUAACAGAAGCGUUUAACCUGGCUGAUGAUAUCCUACGACAAGGAGUUCGUGGCAUCUCUGAUAUAAUUACUAUUCCGGGACUAGUGAAUGUUGACUUUGCUGAUGUACGUGCAAUUAUGGCAAAUGCGGGGUCCUCGUUAAUGGGGAUAGGAACUGCUACAGGAAAGACCAGAGCCCGAGAUGCUGCACUAAAUGCCAUUCAAUCUCCAUUACUAGAUAUCGGUAUCGAGAGGGCCACUGGAAUUGUAUGGAACAUUACGGGUGGUACUGACUUAACGCUGUUUGAGGUGAAUGCUGCAGCAGAAGUUAUAUAUGACCUUGUUGAUCCAAGUGCCAACUUAAUUUUUGGAGCUGUUAUAGAUCCGUCUCUAAGUGGUCAGGUUAGUAUAACUUUAAUCGCCACGGGAUUCAAACGCCAAGAAGAAAACGAGGGCAGGACCCUACAGUCGAGUCAACCCCCCGCGGGAGAUACCUCCCUUGGCAUCAACCGACGACCUACAUCGUUCAUGGAGGGCGGCUCAGUAGAGAUCCCCGAGUUCUUAAGGAAGAAAGGACGUUCACGCUAUCCAAGAGCUUAAGAUGUUGAUAAUCCAUUAAAGCUUGAGCUUGGCUCUGAGAAAGUGCAGUCCAGCUUCUUUUUCCUAAUAAAAUGUUCUUGGUUGAUGAUGUCAAUACAAAGUAUGUGUCUGAUGCAGAGCAGUAGAAUAAGUUGAAGUUUUAGGAGGUAAGUCCAUAGAAAAACACCAUUAGGUAAGAGUUAUGGUUGUACAGUUUACUACAUUUGAUGUUGAUUUCUAGGUUUUCAAUGCAAUUCUUGUUCUCCUUUCUUUUAAAUGGAAGGAACACAUCAAUUUUCGUUCUUCGGGUGUGACAAUAAUGUAAAUUUAAUCUCUCAGUUAUUUAUGGUAUAUUCUUUCAAUUUCA